CUCCAUCUACCUUCGAAAGAACGACCGAUCUAGGAAUCGAGAGAGAGAGAGAGAGGGGGGGAGAGAGUUCGAGGUUCGGAUUCCGAGGCGCGAAGCGAUUAGGGUUAGGGUUUUUGGGGCCCCGAUUUGGAGAAGAUGAGCGUGGAUCAGAUCAAUUCGAACGCGCAUGGGAACCUCGACGAGGAGAUUGCGCAGCUGAUGCAGUGCAAGCCUCUCUCCGAGCAAGAGGUUAAAACAUUGUGUGAUAAGGCCAAGGAGAUCCUUAUGGAGGAAAGCAAUGUCCAGCCUGUUAAAAGUCCUGUGACAAUCUGUGGUGACAUUCAUGGACAAUUUCAUGAUCUUGCUGAACUAUUUCGGAUUGGUGGGAAGUGUCCAGAUACCAACUACUUAUUUAUGGGGGACUAUGUAGAUCGUGGGUACUAUUCAGUUGAAACUGUCACGCUUUUGGUGGCUUUGAAGGUGCGUUAUCCACAGCGCAUUACCAUCCUCAGGGGUAACCACGAAAGUCGUCAGAUCACACAAGUUUAUGGAUUCUAUGAUGAAUGCUUAAGAAAAUAUGGUAAUGCAAAUGUGUGGAAGAUCUUCACAGACCUUUUCGAUUAUUUUCCAUUGACAGCAUUGGUUGAAUCUGAAAUUUUUUGCCUGCAUGGUGGCUUGUCUCCUUCUAUUGAGAAUCUUGACAACAUCCGCAACUUUGACCGUGUUCAAGAAGUUCCUCAUGAGGGUCCCAUGUGCGACCUCUUAUGGUCUGACCCAGAUGACAGAUGUGGUUGGGGUAUUUCUCCUCGUGGUGCUGGGUAUACCUUUGGCCAGGAUAUAUCAGAGCAAUUUAACCAUAACAACAACCUUAAGCUGAUAGCUCGAGCUCAUCAGUUAGUCAUGGAAGGAUAUAACUGGGGUCAUGAACAAAAGGUGGUGACCAUUUUCAGCGCACCUAAUUAUUGCUAUCGGUGUGGAAACAUGGCCUCAAUCCUGGAAGUUGAUGACUGCAAGGGUCAUACAUUUAUCCAGUUUGAACCAGCUCCAAGAAGAGGAGAACCUGAUGUGACUCGCAGAACUCCAGAUUACUUCUUAUGAUGCAGCUGGAGUAUAUGCUACUUCGCUGAAGUGCAAGUGUUUUGAGGUUGCAGAUAUCCUUGGAUCAUGCACUACCAGAUUGGCAUUUUUACUGGAAGAUGAUACACUUGGUGGGCUUUGGGUAUAAAAGUGCAAUUCUUAACGGGGAGUGAAUACGCUCCUCUUAUCUGUUCCUAUGUAAUGGAUUUUGUAAUUGGUUUUCUUAUGGAGGCAGCAGUUGUAGCAUUUGAAGCAGCAGCAGUAGAAAGCCAAAAUGUAACAUUUCUAGGAUCUCUUUCGGGUUGUGAAUUCAGCCUACUUCUAUUUCUAUUUUUUUAUUUGGCUGCCUUAUCUUUAUUUUCUGUUAUUUUUAUGAUCUUGUAGAGGUAAUGGCUGGAUUAUCUAUUUCUUGUCUACUGCACAAUCAAAUAUUUAGCUGUUCAUGUUUGUAA